GGCGAUCUCCUGCAGUCUUCGGCCGGGAGGUUUUUCGCCUGUCGCCCAUCUCUUCUCUCCGGCUGACCAGAGUAGCAGACGCGCAUUUCUUUCGCCCUGAGCAGAAUUCCGAGGAUCCGAUCAAAGCAAGUUUUUCCUUUCUUUGCAGAGGUCUAUAGAAUACUGCUGAAGUGUUCCCUUGGAAGAGUAUUGUUUGCACACCUCUCAUUUCCACCAAGCAGAAAAUGGCUAAGAGUCCUACCGUUCCUUGGCUCAUCACGCCAUCCCUCCUCCUCUUCCUAACUCAUGGCAUCCACUGUUUCUUCUUGCCCAAUGCCACCCACUUAGAAAACCUCCUUAAUCGAUACCAAGAUGGGCAACCGCACUCAAGGGCCAAGAGAUCAAUUUCCAAAAAUGACCAAAACGAAAUCCUGAUGCUUCAUAAUAAAUUGAGAGGGGAAGUCUAUCCUUCAGCAUCCAACAUGGAAUACAUGAGAUGGGACGAAGAACUGGAGAGAUCAGCUGAAUCUUGGGCUCACCAAUGCAUCUGGGAUCAUGGACCUGCCAGCCUCCUCCCAUCCAUCGGCCAGAAUUUGGCUGUUCACUGGGGAAGGUAUCGUUCUCCGAGUUUCCACGUCCAGUCUUGGUACGACGAAGUAAAAGAUUACACCUACCCAUAUCCCCACGAAUGCAACCCUUGGUGUCCCGACAGAUGUACAGGACCCAUGUGUACACAUUACACACAGGUGGUCUGGGCUACAACCAACAAAAUCGGCUGCGCCAUUAAUGUCUGCAAGAGGAUGGACGUGUGGGGAGAAGUGUGGGAAAAUGCGGUGUAUUUGGUCUGCAACUAUUCCCCCAAAGGCAACUGGAUUGGAGAAGCCCCCUAUAAAAAUGGCAGAUCCUGUUCUGAAUGCCCACCUAGCUAUGGAGGAGGGUGUCAGGCUAACCUCUGUCAUAAAGAGAAAGUAGUCGAAAAACCUGAGACGGAUGGCGCAAAUGAAGUGGAGUUACAAAAGGUUCCUGACAGAAUACAGCCCAAAACUGUAAAACCUACAAAGGAAAAGAAACCGACAGAGCUGACCUACAUGACUCAAGUGAUCAAGUGUGACACCAAAAUGAGGGACACGUGUCGAGGAUCUACAUGUAACAGGUAUCUGUGCCCAGCUGGUUGCUUGAACAGUAAGGCUAAAGUAUUUGGAUUCCCCAAAUAUGAAAGUGCAUCCAGCAUAUGUCGAGCAGCUAUUCAUUCUGGAGUGUUAGAUAACAGAGGAGGCCUAGUAGAUAUUACUAGGAAAGGAAGAUCAGACUUCUUCGUAAUGUCUGUAAGAAACGGAGUUCAGACACUCAGCAAAUACAAACCUUCCAACGGUUUUGCUGUGUCGAAAGUCACAGUGCAGACUUUGGAUUGUUACACCACAGUAGAGGAACUGUGUCCAUUCAAGAAGCCAACUACUCAUUGCCCAAGGUCUUACUGUCCAGCUUACUGCAAAAAUGAGCCAAACCACUGGGCUACAGUAUAUGGCACAAAAAUAUACGCAGAUAAUUCCAGCAUCUGCAAAGCUGCUGUUCACGCAGGAGUCAUCAGAGACGAUUCUGGCGGUUACAUCGACGUGAUGCCGGUCGAUAAGAAGAAAGUCUACAAUGGAUCCUUGAGGAACGGGAUCCGAUCUGAAAGCUUAAAGGCUCCCAGGGAAGGGAAAGCUUUCCAAAUCUUUGCUGUGAGGCAGUAAUUUCCCCAAGAUGGUGAGACUCUUUGUGGAGAGAAACUGCAGCCUUGUGUGUUUCUCCUUGGGGGAGAGAUGUUUGCCCCACCUUGGACCACGACGAAGCCUUCAAAUCCAUCCAUCUUCUUUUGGAGAAAAAAAAGACGGCAGCAGGAAUCGGCAACAUCUGCUCACUGUUUUAUUUUCGGACUGUUGUUAUUCUACUUCCAAAUGUUUUGAACCUUCAAGAAGUAAGAAGAUGGUUCGAGUUUAGGAAAGAAGAUGGUUGAAAAACUGGCUUACCCCACCUUUCCUAUGAACAAUUUUGUCCCCCAAAUAUAGGGGUUCUCGUAAACGCUGCUUCCAGGAGGAAUGUUUAUCUGAUCAGUAGGCUUUGAAUGAGAACAUAGAAAACAUUUAGGUCACCCCAAAGGCUAAAUUUUUGAAAGAUUGAGUCAAAGUCAAGAAUAUACCUGGAAUCCAAGUCACCUUGUGAUACCUUGAAUGGUGUGGUGAUUUAGGAAAGGUUUAGACCACACUAAACAAAUAGCAUAGAUUUCUUUUGAUGGAGACUAGGAAAGAGGUAUUGCAUUUCCAGAAAAGAAUCUGCUUUUGCAAAAGAAUGGAAAGAUUGCUAUUUCUCUCAAAAGAAACUUAAAUGGAAUAAAUAGGUUUGCUGGCCAAACAACUGCAGGAAGUUAGGAAAACGGGGUUCAAUUAUCACCAAAUUAAAUGCUUGGGACCCCUGUCUUGGCACAUUCUGAUUCAUUGCAUGUUAGUUAGCAUUGUUUUAUUUACAGAUGAAUCCAACUUAUUUUAUUCAGCAGAGCUGUUCUAGCUUAGCUAUGGUUGCAAAAAGUUUUAUUUUGUUUUAUUUAGUUUAUUUUGCUGGAAUUGAAAAGGUUUUUGCUUUACUUGUUUAUUUGUAUAGAUUGGAAGCUUGAUAUAUUAAGUUGGUCACAACAUGUAUAUUAUGAAGGCCUGUUAGAACAAUUCUGUUUUCUGUUAGUCAGUACAAUUCCUGUAGAUCAUACUCAAAUGUUGUCCUAAUGAAAUAGUUGCGAAGUCGUCCUCUUUCAAUCCAAAUAUUUGAAGGCUUAGAUUCGUUAAGGAUUUAUCCUUCCUCUAAAAACUUCAUCCCAGUCUUCAUGGGAAGCCAAAGAGGUGCCUUCUGUUAAUCUGACACAAGGUUGGUCUACGAAAACUGGCCUCUGAUCCCACCAUACAAAAAGGACAAAUAUUGUUCAAUUCAAUGUGUGAUUUCUAUUUAUUUAAACUUCUUGAUUUUAGGGGCUCAGUUAAAACACACACACAACAACCUUCAAAUAAAACAUGUGAUUCAACAGUUCCUGUACGUGGGCUGGAUUUUGGCCUUCUACACCCAAAGGGUUUUUGCCAACUAUGGUGCUAAGAUGGUGCUAAAUAAGACUAGAAAGAUGUUUUUGAUUCUACACCUGCUCACAGAUUCACCCAGGAGGAAUCUAUCUUAUUUGCCCUUAUUUGUUUUGUUUUAUUUAACCAUUAUGUCUGGAGGGGGGAAAAAUCAGCUAUAGUCACAAGUACUCUAAGACAUCCUACCCAGCUGGGUGGUUGGGUGGAAUGGCCCAUUCUCUAUUUAAUCUUAAUUAUCAGGGGUGCGAGAGGAGAGUUAGUGUGUGCAUAUUGUUCUACCAAGAGCCGUUGUGGCGCAGUGGUUAGAAUGCAGUAUUGCAGGCUAAUUCUGCCAACUGCCAGCAGUUCGAUUCUCACCGGCUCCAGGUUGACUCAGUCUUCCGUCCUUCCAAGAUCGGUAAAAUGAAGACCAAGAUUGUUGGGGACAAUAUGUUGAGUCUGUAAACUGCUUAGAGAGGGUUGUAAGCACCGUGAAGCGGUAUAUAAGUCUAAGUGGAAAGUGCUUCAUUAAGAAUUUUGGCAAAGUGUCAGGAAAUGAAAUCACAUUUUGGAGGGAUCCCAUGUUUCUCGAGACAUCAGAUAGGCUAGGCAUCUAAAUGCAAAAUGUACGCAGGAAUAAUGGGGGAGAGGGAAGAAGGUAACACCCCCUCAUGCGAUGUCAUCCCAAAUGCAAGGUAAUCUCCAGUUACUAAAGGAUACCCCACCUUUGAGAUACGUUGGUUAUCAACGAUGCUUAAGAACAUAGUUAGGUGCCAUUUCUAAACCAGAUUCCUUUAUUUCCUUUAUUUCUGGAGAACAAUUUUGACAUGGAUGCAACGAGAUCAGAUUGUUUAGAUUUGUCGUCAAUCUGGAUUGCUCUCUAAUGUGUGAAUUCACACAAGCCAACAGAGGUGUGAGUCUUGAUUCUGUUCCCAGAUUCAUGGGUUUAGAAGCAUCCAAUCGAAUCCGAUGGUUCAGGCUGAUUCUUUGGAAUUUUUCCAAAAUGUGUGUAUGUGUGUUUCAUGAAAUGGUUCAAUAAAUCAGAGAAGGAUGAUUUACACAGGCCCAACAAGCAAUGUCCAUGAGAGACGAACUAACAGGAGGUCAAUAAAACAUGCACAUUUUCAUGCUUAUCGAAAAUGUAUUUGUGGGUGCCACCAGAUACACAGCAAGUCGAUAGAGGAAAAGAAUUUCCCUGCCUGCUUUAAAAUUUAUCUGUUUUAAGGCAUAUAUAGAUCUGCAUAGGUCCUAUCUGCAGGUAGCACAAGCCUGCAGUUUUUGUAUAUUUGCUUUUUUUUCUAUGAAAAACGAUGUAUUUUUUACUAUAUCCUUUGUAAAAAAAAAAUGUUCUGUAAAGGGCUUGCACAAGCAUUUUAAUGGGCAGAAUGAUUGUUUUUCCUUUUGAUAAAUAUAUAUUUUCUCCAGAUUCUUUCUACCUGGCGAAUGAAACCGUUGUCUUAUUAUUUUGUGUUAUGGCAUUUGUGGAAAUAAAAACUUUAGAACCGCCUGAA